AUGGCGCUUGCCACUGUGACGUGCGCUUUCACACACAACAUUGCGGGGUUUCUAAAACGCGUGCCCAAAGAUUUCGAGUCCUCCGGUAACGGACCAGACGAACCUACUCGGGGAUCGGUAAGAACCGUUAAGGUCAGCCCGCAUUUUCUUAGGCCUGCUUCAGGCAUGUUCGGACAACGAGCACAGUUGAAGGACACACCGCACCGAAGCUCGUUUCCGGCCUUUUUGGCCCUCGGCCGUCCGGGGCCGUCCAGUUCUGCUGCUAAACCAGUUGCCUCUCUCCCGUACAUGCACGGGAGCUACACCGACACCGAGGCGAAGAAGAGACAAGGUCUGGAGAUGUGGCAGAGGGUCAUGCACAGAAACGAAAAUGCCAGGGAGGUUUUGUCACUACCUUUCGUUCCUAAAGACAUCACCAAGCAAAGCUGCUCGGCGCUGCCCUUCACGCAGCGGAUAACGGAAGAGGGGUGCGAGGCGGCCAGCGUUCACAAUAAGUUGUGCUUUGGUCAGUGCAGUUCUCUGUUCGUGCCACCCAACGGAGAAUCAACCGGACACCACAGCGCUCCCUGCUCGCGCUGCGCCCCAGCCAAGGCGCGCACCGUGCUCGUGAUCCUGCGCUGCGGAACACAGGUUCGAGAGAAGCACGUGAUGGUGGUGGAGGAGUGCAAAUGUGAAACCAGUCGAGAGGAAGGAAAAGUGGAGAGUCUGGCGACACAUUUAUAG